CUGGAGCCCACCCGGGGCCAUGGCUCGGCACUGCCCCUGCUGCCCCCCCGGCACCGCUGCGGCACCCCCCGCCCCGGCUCCCCGGCAGCCCCCGCGCUCGAGCCUUGUCCCCACCGGAGGGGCUGGAAGGUGGCAUCACCACGGUGGACGGGCAGCGGGAAGAUGACAUCGCCAGUGCGCGAUGGCCCUGCCACCGCUGCCGCCGUCCUCCUCCUCCUGCGACCCCCAUCUCCCUUCCUGGCCCCCGCCGGGCCCCCCCGCCGCCCCCCACCCAGCAUGGAGGAGCACUUGGCCGUCAUGCACCAGAAGCUGCAGGACGAGCUCCCCCAUUUCUUCCUGAAAAUCCCCGACUACAGCCUCUACUCCCCCGACGUCGAGUUCAUCAACCACCUCCUGCACCUCCACACGCACGGGCGGCCCAUGUACCAGGUGGCGGUGGCGCUGUGCCGGGCGGUGGCCUGGGCUUAUUUCGCCAGUUUGCGGCUGGAGGUGCUGGCGCUGACCCGGCACCCCGAGGACUGGAGCAUCCGGGCGCGCUGGCGCCUGACGGGGCUGCCCCUCCACCUCUGCCUGCUGCGCUUCUACCGCCGCGACAAGCGCCAGCUCCUGCGGUCCUACGAUGCCUUCUCCACCUUCUUCCUCAACUCGCAGGGGCUCAUCCGCUGCCACCGAGUGGACAAGCUGAUGCCAGCCCCCACAGCCGUGACCGAGGCUAAGAAGCUGCUGGUGGCAGCGGCGGUGGCGGUGGCACUGGCUGAGCCGGGACCGGCCUUACGCCUCGCCCUGAAGCCCUCCGCCACCUCGGGGGACACCUGAGCCCCCACAUCCCUGUCCCCUUUGUCACCCCCCACCCCCACCCUCCUCUUAACUUAAUGUACAGAAUAAAACCAGAGAAAGGAGCUGCC